UUUCCUGCUCAGCCCCUGGGUUUCACUGCUGGGAGAGGCAGAUAUAUAGCAGCGGUGUUCUGGGAGCCUCCAGGCGCACUCCCAGCCUGGUCGCCAUGGAGCUUGGGGGCUCACUAGCCAUCUUCCUGAGCAUCUGCUUCUCUUGCUUGCUGCUCAUCUCUGCACGGAAGCGGAUGCACAAAGAGGGGAAGCUACCCCCAGGGCCCACACCGCUGCCCUUCCUUGGAAAUUUACUGCAGGUGAAAACCAGCGAGCCCUUCAAGUCCUUCCUAGCGUUGAGAGACAAGUAUGGUCCAGUGUUUACGGUCUACCUGGGCCCCCGGAGGGUGGUUGUGCUCUGUGGGCACGACACAGUGAAGGAAGCUCUGGUGGACCAGGCUGAGGAAUUCAGCGGCAGAGGGGAACUGGCCACCAUUGAUCGGAAUUUCAACGGUUUUGGUGUUGCUUUAGCUAACGGGGAGCGUUGGAAGCAGCUCCGUCGCUUCUCUCUCACCACCUUGAGGAACUUUGGGAUGGGGAAGAGGUCCAUUGAAGAGAGGAUUCAGGAGGAGGCCCAGUACUUGCUGGAGGAAUUCAGAAAAACCAAAGGUCAGCCCUUUGACCCUACCUUCUUCCUAAGUCGCACCGUUUCCAACGUCAUCAGCUCGGUUGUCUUCGGCAGCCGCUUUGACUAUGGAGAUAAGACCUUCCUCUCUUUGCUGCGUAUGAUCAACGAAAGUUUUAUAGAGAUGAGCACUCCUUGGGCACAGCUCUAUGACAUGUAUUCCUGCAUCAUGCAGUACUUGCCUGGAAGACACAACCACAUCUACUACCUCAUUGAGGAGCUGAAGGAGUUUGUUGCUGAGAAGAUCAAAAUCAACCAAGCGACACUUGAUCCCAACAACCCUCGGGACUUCAUUGAUUGCUUCCUCAUCCAGAUGGAGAAGGAAAAGGGAAACCCUUCCAGUGAAUUCAACCUAAAGAAUUUGGUCCUCACAACCCUCAAUCUGUUCUUUGCUGGGACAGAGACAGUGAGCUCCACCCUGAGAUAUGGACUCCUUUUCUUGAUGAAAUACCCAGAAGUGGAAGAGAAGGUGCACCAGGAGAUUGACCAGGUCAUCGGCCCCAGUCGCAUUCCUGCCACUGAAGACCGGCUGAAGAUGCCCUACACAGACGCGGUCAUCCACGAGAUCCAGAGGCUGACUGACAUUGUCCCCAUGGGAGUGCCCCAUACAGUGACCCGGGACACUCAGUUCCGGGGGUACCAUCUGCCGAAGGGCACAGAUGUCUUCCCCUUACUAGGCUCAGCCUUACGCGACCCCAAGUACUUCAGCGACCCCGAGAACUUCAACCCCGGACACUUCCUGGACGAGAAAGGACGUUUUAAGAAGAACGAAGCUUUUGUGCCAUUUUCCUCAGGGAAGCGCGUCUGCCUGGGGGAAGCCAUGGCCCGGAUGGAGCUCUUCCUGUACUUCACCACCAUGCUGCAGAACUUCUCCCUGAAGUCGUUCCUGCACCCGAGGGACAUUGACAUCUCCCCCAAAAUGAGUGGCUUUGGGAACAUCCCCCCCACCUACGAGCUGUGCAUGCUCCCCCGCUGAUCCUGGGGCUCCUUUUCCGCCUGUCUCCGACUCUGUUCGUGUUAUGUGUUGGCAGAUUGCUGGGAAAGCCUUUGGCCCAGGAGAGAUCAGAAAAGUUACACACCAGGCAUUUCUAUAAAAAUAAUUUUAUUUACAGAAAGCAAAACAUAUUUAAAAGGCUUCUGCAUUCCUGCAGACUCUCAGAGCAGCUACAUGCCUACACAGAAGAGAAACAGAAAACUAAAACAAGUCCAGGCAAGUUUUUCCCCCCAGGUGCAAAAAUUAACAUUCGAAAAGGGGACAGUUGAAUUCAACCUCUGCACCCGGCCAAAGUGAUUAGUUAUCAUAGUAACCUUAAUCUGUAGUAGAAAACAAUAUAUUAACAUUAUGUGCUUUCGGACAGCACCGCCACCCCUGCCCUUGGGGAAUUGUCUGCAGCCAGCACAGCCCUCAACUCGGUGCUUCCCUUCCUCCUGCUGUGCUUGUUGAACCAGAACCCCAGGCCCUCGGAUCGCUUGGUCAGAUGGGUCCUUUGGGGCAGCUCCUGCUCUUUCCUAGAUCCCAAUUAGGGGGCAAGAGGAGGGGUCAGUUUCCUGUGAAGGAGCCGAGAGCACCCCAGUUCUGUUCUACCCUCAGGAAACAACCCACCUCAGCUGGCUGGCACCCUGUUCCAUCCUCAGCUCUGACCGAACGCUCGGCUCUCCAGCCUGGGUGCCCGGCCACUGAAAUCUCUCUGUCCCGUGGGUGCCUGGUCAGGGGUGCUGCACCUACAUAUCACCUGAGACCUUCUCCCAACCGCCAAUGACCAGAUGGGGACCCAGAUUUGGAGCAUGCUACAUUCAGAUGCUUGGAGAGUGAAGGGAGGAUAGUCUGGAAGCAUUAAAAAAAAUGCCUCAGAGGCUGCGUAUUCCUGCUGUCGGUAUUUGCCUCCCUAGUUGGAGACUUUCUCCUGAGUUGGAGCCAGGCAGGAUGCUACACGUUUCUCCCAGGGACCUUCUUGGCACACAGAGCAGGCCCUCCAAGCCCCCAGCCUCCGGAAAAUGUUACUGCCGCUUCUCUACACAAGGGUGAUUCAGGAGAGUGACCCCCCAGUCCUGUUCCCACAAGCGUUAACCCAGCUUAGAAAUCUGACUGACCUUUAAAAGUGCAAUUAAAAGCAUGUUUAGAGAAAUAAGCAAAAAAAAAUCUGUAUUUUAAACACAAGAUUUAAACUUAUUUAGACUUGGAGGAGUGUGUGAGAGCAUUGAAAGAAAGGCUGCUGCAGCCAAUCUUCUUAAACUGAAAUUAUUUCAAAAAUUCUAUUUUGGUUUCCUCUGAAUAUGACCCAUUCCCUUUAUUAUGAACACCAUGAACAUACCAAACUUUUGGAAAGACAGGGGACAAGACGCUGGAGUUAGCAAGGAAAUUCUCUUUGCAAAUGUUCCUGUAUACAGUCUUGACAAUGUUUAAAUGCAGAAUAAAACAUAUUUUACUAUUGAGA